ACAAUGAAAAGAGGAAGAUCAUAAAACCAUCAGUCGGGUUCAAUAAGUUAUUAACAUCCAGGUAUUAUAUGUCUUCUGACUACAUCAUGUUUUUGCUCUUGUCGGUGGGUCUGGCUCUGGUUGCUGUGACUUCUUCAAGCGAAAGCAUACAGGAGCUACAGCAAGUCACCUGUCCUCAGUUCUGGAACAGUUUCAACGGUCGCUGUUACAAGUACAUAGCCACACAUAUGACCUGGGCUGAUGCUGAGCUCUACUGUUUGUCACAGGACAGCAACCUGGUGUCCAUCCACAGUCAGGAAGAACACAACUUUGUCAAUUUCAUGAUCAAGAGCUUUGAUCCUUCUCAGGCCUUCACCUGGAUUGGACUCUCUGAUAUUCACAAGGAAGGAUCCUGGAUGUGGUCGGAUGGGUCUAAGGUGGACUUUCGUUAUUGGGAUGCAGGACAACCAGAUAAUGCAGGUGGAAAUGAACACUGCGGACACACCAACAUGUUCACAUAUCAUAAAUGGAACGAUUAUGUGUGCUCCAAUACAUAUGCUUUUGUCUGUGCAACACGCAAAAUGUGUUGGUAAUAGCAAAGAAAAACUUAAGAUUCUACUGUCCAGGUUAACUUGGGUGUAACAACACAAAAUAAAUCUAUAUGAUUAGAAAAGAAAGUCUUAAAAAAUUUGGAUGAUGGUUAUAUAUUAUUCUUAACAUAAAAACACUAAGAGAUCAUGAAAGAAAAUGUUAUUGUAAAAUGUUAUACCUCUGUGAAAUGUUAACUCUGUAUGCAUAAAACUAAAAAGACUGGGUUAUG